UUAGCUAAUCAGGUUGAAUGUGCGGCUUUUAGUAGCUAACGUUACCUCCUAGCUAAUUGUAUGAGAAAAUGUUUACGUCAGCUAAAGAACCACUGCACUACGAGCUAGCCAUCAAAUUAAAUGGGAAAGACGUUAGCUAGCUAGUCAGAGGAAAUAUGACAUUUAUGUUACAAGCUUAGCUAAACUAGCUAGCUACAUUCCCUUAGGUCUUAUGUAAAGAAAUUGUGAAUUUAGACCCGUUUCAGUAGCAAAAAUAGACAUUUCAGGUGCAAGUCACAAGCCCAAAAUAGUCAUACAAGAUGACUAGCGACGAAUUAUAGCUGGGACAUUUAAAAUUAUGAGGUUGCCUCGGCAUAUUGCAAAUGUAGCCAACUACCUUUUAUGUUAAAAUUGUAAAAACCAUAGCCGAUGUUACCCAACAAGCCAUAUUCGUGUGGGUGUGUGCAGUGGUUAAAGGUCUCCGACAUAAGUGUUGAUUGGUGGAAAAUGGGGAUCGGCUGCGUUUACACAAUUAUGAUCUUUAAACCACUAAUUGUUUGUUCGACCAAUCACAUCAGAUAUUUUCACAAAAUAUAUUUUUCACAGAUUAGAUUGUUCAAAAAACCAAUUAGUGAAAACAAAAGAUCAGAAUCGGGCUGCCUGUUUAAACGCAGCCUUAGUUACAUGUUGGAUUGAGAAAUCUGGGCGCACACACGAGAGCAGGGGAUUCACGACAGACAGAUAGAUACUCAUACCACAUCGAAAUAGUUCAUUUCCCUUCUCGGAUUUUGACAGCAGGACUGGUACAAUAGGAUUUUUUUUUUAAAAGCAGCUCAGUGAAGUGUUGCCGUUGAAGACAUUCCACUUUUGGUGUAGGGUCUGAGCCAUUACACCAGCCUUGUUUUUUUUUGUCUUCAAGAUAUCCAUUUUCUGAAUACAAAGAAUGACACUGAUUUGAAAAAAGAGGCCUGAUCUGAAGGGGCGUGUCAUUAGCAAGUAAAACCAAGACCCGGGGGCAAAGAAGAAACCCAAGGAAACGAAUUAUGACUUACAACAACAGAGAACUGGUGGUAUACUAUAUUACCUAUAAACUAUCACAGAGAGACUACCCCUUCAACCACAUUGGGCUCACAGAAGCUCCCAGUCGGACUGAGGGGGAUGAGGGGGGACAGGUGGAAGGGGGGGCGGCAGUCACGACACACCCCAAUGGCACAGUGAACGGGACGAGUCCUGGGACUCCACCGCGACAGUCUCCCCCCUUGUCCCCUCAGCGGACAAUGGGCCUGGACGCAGUGAAAGAGGCAUUGCGGGACUCUGCCAACGAGUUUGAGCUGCGUUAUGCCAGAGCGUUCAGUGACCUGUCCUCCCAGCUACACAUCACGCCGGCCACAGCCUACCAGAGCUUCGAGAACGUGAUGGAUGAGGUUUUCCGUGACGGUGUGAACUGGGGACGUGUGGUGGGCCUGUUUGCCUUCGGAGGGGCCCUCUGUGUAGAGUGUGUGGAGAAGGAGAUGAGCCCACUAGUGGGACGGAUUGCAGACUGGAUGACUGUAUACCUGGACAACCACAUUCAGCCCUGGAUCCAGAGCCAAGGAGGAUGGGCAUGCCUGGGCAGGUACAAUGCGCUUCAGAGAUCGAUAAGCACUGAUGACUACAGGGUUGAGUAUGUUGCUGCCGUGAUGAUGGAUCGCAGGGAGCAGUGUGGUACUAUUGCUCCAUUGUGCAAGACAAACAAAGAUGCAUAGAUGGUAUGGUAGAAAAAUAGGGAGAAAGGGACAAGUAGCUAUUCGGGAGAGGUGAAGUGAAAUCUAGUAUGUUUCAUGAAAAAAAUUACGUUCGAUUCCACCUGUCACUAAUUGUCUCUGUACUCUAACAUGCCUAAUCGUAAUCACAAACCGCAAUCUUUAUUCUCUACACCCACAACAUUUCUCCCAUACCUCUUCAAGGAGUUCUCACAGGGAGCGAUACUCUCCAUGGCUUCACCUCUUGUGAAGUGCUGCUGGUUCCUGUGCUAGUUACAUGUUGAUAUUCCUUUUUAGAAUCUACUCGCACACGCCUACAGUAACUUAGGUUGGCCCUGGUUGUUUUUUUGACAAGUGUUUCCACCGGAAUCAAUUAGUCAAGUGUGCAGUGAUGAAUGUGAACACUUUGGGUGUAAUUGACAGUAUUCAUGAGAGAGUGUUUGUAUCUGUAGCCCUGCAGUAUUUUCUGUCUGGCAGUGCUAGCUGAAGGUCCUCAAGACUGGUCAUUUUUAGCGUUUCGUUAACUCUCUGUGCCUGAUAAAUGAUUCUCCAUCUCUAUUGCGCUGUUAUCUGCCCAAGACAUGUCACCGCACCCACUCCUUUUUCUCAGAAACGGCCUCCUAAGAAAUCAAUCUCUCGGUUCUUCAGAAGCCCUUUACCAGACUCGCACACAUGCGUGCAUUCAUUACAGUAGACUUUUUUUCUAGAGCAACUUACAGGAGCCAUUAGGUUUAAGUGCCAUGCUCAAGGGCACAUCAACAGUGUUUUCACCUUGUCGACUCUGGUUUCGAACCAGCAACCUUUCGCUUACUGGCCCAACAUUCUUAAUCACUAGGCUACCUGCCACUACACAUGUAUACACACAAACAUGGCCGUCUUGGCUCUUUCCUGCUGUUUCUGUGCUUCCCUCUUCCCAUAUUCCAUUGUUAAGUUUUCUUCUUUAUUGUUGAAGUCAGCAGGGAGGAGGAGUGAUGUAUCACCCUGUUAGAGCGGAAGGAAGCAGGGUGUCAGACGCACACCACACAUCUUUAAUCAAAUCAGCAUGUUUGGAAUGUCUCCAAUAAUUGCCUUAUUUGAGGCUGUGUCUGAUUGGGCUCUUCUGAGUCCCCAUAUGCAUGUUCAGUUAUGUCAACUAUUUGAUUUAUAGUAAUCCGUUUUGUUUCAGAAUGAUUUUGUUUAUUUUACUGCCCAGUCAAGACCGUCCACUAUUCACUGCACUAAAGCACCCACCCCAGCCAGCCAUUACAUCCGUGCCAGACACAAGCGGAUGAAUCAGCCAAUGUGCGCUUGUUCCCUCUUGUGGCUGUAGCCAGAACUGCAGAAUGUUAUGUCAAUGUUCUGGGUUGUUCUCGAAUGAAUUACUGGAAGGGGUGGGCUAAGGAUGACAUGAUGGUGGUGAAAUUGUCAACAAGGAAAGUUAUUCACUUGGGGGUUACUGCAGUUCAAAUGAAUGGCAUGGGGAGGUUUUGUGAUGGUGGAAGUGCCAGUGACAUUUUAUAUUUUCGUCUGUCGUAUCGAAGCGAUGAUUGAUGAAAAUGUCAACACUUUUUUUCACCCGCUCAUCAGCCCAUUGCUUCUUGCUAGUACCUUACUAUUGUAGCUUGGAGGUGUAGGGACACUUGUGGGUGUGAGGGGUGGGGAUUGAUUUUGUGUGUGGUUGUAAAUUGUCUCAGCACACAUUAAGCUUUGCCAACUAAUUCUGAUUACUUUCUAAUCUGAUUUGGCUCUGAUUUUAAGAUUACUGCAUUAUAUUGUAAAGGGUGUAAUUUCACCUAAUUCUGUUGAUUUUAAGGGAGGCUCUCAUGUCUAAUGCUGUUAGUGUUGUGGUUGCAAGUUCACUUUCCUCAUAUAAAGCCUCUUAUUUUGCUAUAGGCUACCAAGUGCAUACCACGCUGGCUUGCUUCUGAAGCUAAGCAGGGUUGGUCCUGGUCAGUUCUUGGAUGGGAGACCAGAUGCUGCUGGAAGUGGUGUUGGAGGGCCAGUAGGAGGCACUCUUUCCUACUCUUCCUUUUCUGAAGGAAUAUCCCAAUGCCCCAGGGCAGUGGUUGACACUGCCCUGUGUAGGGUGCCGUCUUUCGGCUGGGACGUUAAA